GGGACCCUGCUGGUGGCCGUGGCCGCCUCGAUGGUGGCCGGGGGCGAAGACUGCCUGUGGUACGUGGACAAAAACGGGUCAUGGCACCCCGGCUUUGACUGCGAGUUCUUCACCUUCUGCUGCGGCACGUGCCAGCAGCGGUACUGCUGUCGAGACCCUCUGCGCCUGCUCACCGAACGCCAGCAGCGCCACUGCCUUGCCUUCAGCCCCAAGACCAUCGCGGGCAUCGCCUCAGCCGUGGUGCUUUUCAUCGCCAUCGUCACCACCAUCGUCUGCUGCUUCAUGUGCUCCUGCUGCUACUUGUACCAGCGCCGGCAGCACCCCCGCACCCCCCUGCAAGGCCCAGAAAUCCCCCUGUCCAGCUAUCCCCCCGCAGCUCCUCCAGCUCCUGUCCCCGUGGACUCCAAAGCCGGCCCUUCGCCUCCCCAGCCUGAGCCUGGUGGCCCAGUGACGCUCCGCCUGCUCCCCCCGCAGCGCCACCACCCUACGUCCCGGCACAGCCCAGCUACCCCGGAGCAUGAGCCCCCGCGGGGACCCUCGCACCCGCCGCCGGCCAGCGGGACCAGGCUGGGGACCCCCGGGAACCCCCCUGGUGCUGGGGGGGGCUGCCCCUGCCAGCACUGGAGCCGGCUCUUCCCGGCCCUCCUGGGGUGA